AUGGCGCGUCAUUCUGUUAGGCUAGGAUUUUGGGCUGCCUUUGGAGUCUCGCAAAUCCUAUGGGCCGAGUCGGUCGCAACCCUACCACCGGCUUAUUGGAAUAUUGUCGAUCGUUCGGGAUUAUUCGACUUCGAGAAGGAUCAAUUGACGGACGGUGUGCUUGGAGCCCUUUCACACGAAGGAUCUCUAGACCUAUCCACAUACUCGUUUGGCGGAACCUCGGUAGCGAAACGUCAAGCGAAGGAGUGCAAAACGUAUCCGACCGACCCGGAGUGGCCAUCGCAGCAGCAAUGGAAGGAUUUGGACGACCUCCUCGGUGGAGCGCUGAUCAAAACCGUGCCGGAAGCAUCGAUCUGCUACCGCAACAGCACUGUGUCCAAUUCUACGCAAUGCCAGUCGCUCAGCGACAGCUGGGGAAAUUCAACACUUCGAAUUGAGGACCCGACCUCCAUCCGCUCAGUUCUCUUCCAGGGCAUGUCGUGCAUGCCGCCUGCCUUCUCCGCCAACUUCCUCAGCGGCUACCAGACAUGCACCGUUGGAGGAUUCCCCGAAUACGUAGUCAACGCCACAACCGUCGCACAGAUACAGCUCUCUGUAAAUUUUGCGCGAGAACACAACAUUCGGCUUGUUAUCAAGAAUACGGGCCAUGAUUUCGGAGCAAAGUCUGUGGGCAAGGGCUCGUUGAGCAUUUGGACUCAUCACCUAAAGGAUGCCGCGUUCUAUGAUAGGUACGAAGCUGGAAAUUUCACUGGGCCGGCUGUGAAACUUGCGGCCGGGGUCCAGGUGCACGAGGCAUAUGCGCUAGCGAAGAAGCAUGGGAUCACGCUUGUGGGAGGCGAAGGCAAGACAGUCGGCCACAUAGGCGGCUAUAUUCAAGGCGGUGGCCACUCACCUCUAACCUCUAUCUGGGGCAUGGCUGCCGACCACGCCCUCUCCGUCGAACUCGUCACGGCUGACGGCCGCUUCGUUACAGCAAACUCCACGAUGAAUCCAGACCUCUACUGGGCUAUCCGAGGAGGAGGAGGCUCCACUUAUGGCGUUGUCACCUCGAUGGUCAUCAAAGCCUUCCCUCAAAUCAGAGUAACAACGAUGCGCUACAAUAUGACAACCGGCGGGAACUUCACGGAGGAUAGGUUUUGGGAAGCGCAGAAGGCGUAUGUGGACAACUUCGCGUACUAUGCAGACUUGGGGUAUUACGCCUACUAUCGCAUUCGCCAUGUCAAUGGGGAGAUCUUCCACGACAUGACUUCGUGGGUGGCGCCCAACACGUCCGAGGCGGAUUUCCGCGCCAGCAUCGGGCCGCUCGUGGCAAAGUGGAGAGUUAUCGGGGUCCCGUUUGAGCCUGUUAUCCAAGAGUACGAUAACUUUCCCGACGCAUGGGCGGACGGCUUCCCACAAGAAGCGUGGACAUGGAACAUGCGGCAAGCAUCGCGCUUCUUCCAGCGCGAGACCCUGUCGAAUGAAACGACGAGAUCGGCCAGCGUAGACGCCAUCCGCGGCGUCUUCGAUGAAGGCGCCAAUCUCAUUAUGUUCAACAUCCGAAAUCCGCCUGGCUCGGAGGACAUCGAUAACGCAGUCAACCCUGCGUGGCGCAAGAUCCUCAUGUUCGCCCUUAUGUUCGUGACGUGGAGUCCGACUGAUAGCACCGAGUAUGUGACCGCGCUUUCGAGGAACUUGACGUAUGAAUGGAAUCCGCGAUGGAAAGCUCUGACGCCUGGGUCGGGCACCUAUAUGUCGGAGUCGGAUUAUAUUGAGCCCGAUUGGCAGCAGAGCUUCUUUGGGAGCAAGUAUCAGCGGCUGUACGACAUCAAGCAGAAGUGGGAUCCGGAAGGCGUAUUUUAUGCGCAAAAUGCGGUAGGAUCGGAGGAUUGGCGGAUGAGCGAGAUGUUGCUCGGCCACUUGCCCUCGCAGAAUAGCAAGCUCUGUAGAAGGUGA